CAUGUCCGCUGCCUCUACGCGCCAUCUGUGCGCUCUCGUCUCUCCCAAACUCGCUCUUUAAUCAGUAUUACACCAAACUAGUCUUCUGCGAGGUGUAGCUACUUUCCCGAUUGCUUGUGCCCUGCGCUCGAGAUAUUGAAUCGGAGAAAUCUUCAGAUAAGAAAAAACGAUUGUGGAAACCGGAAUUUCAAAUGAGGACGGUCGUGUCGCGGUUGAUCCAUUCAAGAUCAUCACUUUCCAGGCCCUCUAUCAUGAAUGGACCUAAAAUUGGGAGGUUUCUCUCGAACGACUCUAAUAAGGUCGAUGAACCAUUCAAAGUUGAGGAAGCAGAGACUAUUCAAGUUCCCCCUCCUCCAACAGAGAAGUUGCUUGUGUUGGGUGGAAAUGGAUUUGUUGGCUCACAUGUUUGUAGAGAAGCAUUAGAUCGUGGACUGUCUGUCGUUAGCUUAAGCAGGUCUGGUAGGUCAAAGUUACACGAUACAUGGGCUAACAAUGUUACCUGGCGUCAAGGAAACCUUCUAUCGCCUGAUUCUUGGAAGGAUGCUCUCGAUGGUGUCACAUCUGUUAUUUCCUGUGUUGGUGGCUUUGGCUCCAAUUCUUACAUGUAUAAGAUCAAUGGGACCGCGAACAUCAAUGCAAUUAGAUCAGCUUCUGAGCAUGGUUUGAAAAAAUUUGUGUAUGUCUCUGCUGCUGAUUUUGGCUUGGCAAAUUACUUGGUGCGAGGAUAUUAUGAGGGGAAGAGAGCUGCCGAAACAGAAAUACUGACCAAAUUUCCUUAUGGAGGAGUGAUUUUGAGGCCUGGAUUUAUUUAUGGGACUCGAAGUGUUGGGAGCAUAAAGUUGCCUCUUGGUGUAAUCGGUUCUCCUCUGGAGAUGUUAUUUCAACAAACAAGAGCUUUGAACCAGCUGCCUGUAGUGGGACCUUUCUUUACUCCUCCAGUGAAUGUUACGGCUGUAGCAGAGGUUGCUGUUAGAGCAGCUACUGAUCCUGUCUUCCCUCCUGGGAUUAUUGAUGUCCACGGGAUUCAACGUUAUACUCGGCACAAGUCGAAGUAAAAGUUUUACUUGUGCUGUUUCGCUUCCUUUUUUGUUGUCAUGUUCGUCAUAAAAGGUGUGAUCUUAAGCUGCCAAAAGUUUUCUGGUUGAGAUUCUUGUUCUUCUCUUAGCAAUCAUUUGGUAAUCAUGUUUAUUUUUACCUUUCUAGUGCAACUAUUAAUAAAUAUACAUCAACUGAUGAAAAAGAUUUUAAAAAAAAUAACACUUCAGGAUUGAAACCCAGGGUUUUCUACUA